GCACCACACCGCAGCUGGCGGCGCGCAGGGAGCUCCCACUCACACCUCCCCGUGGUAUAAAACCCCGGCGCGCCGCAGCCCGUGCAGACCCAGGAGAGCCCGUGGAGCAGCUCCUGAAGACCCCGUUGGAGAGGACAGCCCCACCGCUGCUGCCACCAAGGACCUACAGACCCCGCGAGGAGCAGCAUGGGCCAGUGCAACUGCCGCAAGAAGCGCAAGGACUGCCAGGAGCUCACCGACGUGGAGCGGGCCAUCGAGACCGUCAUCAACCAGUUCCACUGCUACGCAGUGAAGGGGCAGAAGGAGUACCUGACGCCCAACGAGAUGCAGGAGCUGGUGGUGCAGAAGCUGCCCCACCUGGGGAAGUGCGUUGGACCGCUGGACGAGAAGAUCGAAUGCAUGGGAGACCCUGAUGAAGCCAAGCUGGAGUUUGGAGAGUACUGGGACAUGAUGGGGGACGCGGCCAAGGGCUGCCGGAGGAAGUAGAGGGUGGCGGGGGACGGGAAGGCGCCCGAGGCCUCAGGCUCUGCACCGAGAAGCGCGAGAGGCUGCUGGUCCCGGUGGGAUGCGCCUGGGAAAAUGCAGCAUUGCUCCUGCUGGGGCUCAUCUCCUCCCCACGUCCCCGGCCCGGGGCGAAGGGCUCCCCCUCCCCGGCUCCAUCCCUGCCCUCUCUCGGCUCCCCUUCCCUUCAGGAAACCUCCCUUCCCAUCCCCAGCUCCGGCCCGUGCCGCGGCGGGAGGGAGGUGGCAAGGGGGUUCCUGGCCCCGGCUGUGGAGCCGCCUUUCUCCGUCCUCUGCUCCAGAGCCUUUACCCCCGGGGUCGUCCCACCUCCGGCCCCAAAACCCCUCCGGUUGCAGGUCCCCCAGCCCCGGAGCAUCGCAGCGAGAGGGACUCGGCUCCUUUCCCCCCCAAAAGCCCUUGGAUGUGCGGGCUCGUCCCCCCCAACCCCGUGUCCUGCCAUCCACAGUUCUGCCUCGUGCUUCGAGCACUUCUGGGGACAUCCCGGGCUCCGGGCCAGCACCAAUGUCGUCGUGCAUGGCCUGGGUGUACUCCCUGCUCUUCCCCCGGUGCAGGGACCACGGUGCCCUGUGCCUGCCCGGGUUUUGGGGUGCUAUGCCGGGGUGUGCUGCCUGCACAGUGCUCCCCCGCCUGCCCCUCGCCAGGGAUGCUGGCCCCCGGCUGGCAGCUGGGCUCGGGGCUGGGACGGUGGCGGGUUGUUAUCAGCUUGCAUCACUUGCAACCAUUUUUGUAUAAAUUAAUAAAGGAAAACACUGGAAACAAAGCA